AUGGACGCAGAGACUAUAAACAUAGCAAAAUGGAUCAUCGAAAACAAGGAGGAUUUUGUGCCGCCAGUCUGCAACAAAUGCAUGUUUUCCGAUUAUCUCAAGCUAUUUUUCGUGGGAGGACCAAACUCACGUAGAGAUUAUCAUUUGGAAGAGGGUGAGGAGUUUUUCUAUCAAUUGGCUGGCGAUAUGCUGCUGAAGGUCAUCGAAAGGGGUUUACCGCGUGACAUUACAAUACGAGAAGAUACCCCUGGACCGAAGAGCUUCUUAGUCAACGCUCCAUAUGAGCCGGUCCCGAUCGACUUACCAAAACCAAUUAAUCUCCAUGAGUUCAUUGAGAGCCACGAUGAGGCAUCACGGAAAGGUCGAGUACUGAUAUAUGGCGCUCCAAUGUAUUCCACAGAGGUCUAUCUGUAUGGACAGGGGAAAUAUCCAUUGGACUCAAUGGAAUUCGAACUUCUUAUCUGGACUAUGGAAAAAUCGCUGGCGGUACUCGAUGCUUAUGAAGACGGACGGCCUUUGGAGGCUAUGAGUAUGACUCGUUGCCCUCCGCANACAAAGGACAAUACGUGA